CUCUCUCUAUUGUUCUUGCUCUGUUUCAUUUGGAUCUGUCUCCCGUGAGUUUCUUCUAACAAAUCUGAUUCAUAUUCUCAAAACCUGAUCGAAAAGAGACCGACCCUUUUGGUUGGACUUGCGAAAUUUUUACAAAGGAAUAGCUAAUUUUAUUAUUGUCUUUGGGAUUUCUGUGUUUGGUUGAAGAAGGGAAAAUGGAUCGGUUUCUGAGAAAAUCUGAUACUACUUCGAGCUCGGUAACAUGGGAAUGGGAAAUCGAAGACACCCUUUUCGAUUAAGCUUUAUACUAAAAGGAUGCAAGUAGUACAUGAACCAAUAAGAGAAAACCCAAGAAUCCAAUGUUCUUAUAAUCCUGCCAACAAAACAAGUGCCUCAGAAACCAAGCCAGAAAUUAGAAAACAAGGAGUCUAUAAAGCUUACCUAGAUGUGUAAUUGAACAAAAACAUUUCAGCCGUAGCUGGUGCACGAACCCCGAUGAAUUUAUAUCGGAGCUGAUAAAAGAAAUGGCAGCUGAGAGAGACAGAUAGAAAGGGGGAAUUGAUUGAGGCGUUGUGGAGUUAAAAGGGGAAAGGGCCAAGUCCCGAGUGUUUGUCUUGCUUUAGAUAAGUAGGCGAGCACAGAGUGGGUGCAGAAGCACAACAACAGCCACCCCACAGGCUCCUGUUUCUCGGACCGCGCCGCUCUUGUUUGUCGCUCGUGCGCUUACAAUUUUUAAACACAGAUCUCGAGGCCCCUUUUUCCGCUGGGCUAAAACUGACAUCUGUAACCACCAAUUCUUGCCUUCCCCCGCCAUUUUCUCUUAUUUAUGAGGAGGCUGAGGCUGAUCUUCCUCCAUUGGGCUUGAGUUGAGCUCGAUGCAAAGUACUUGGAUAAGUUUAUUUUGAGGGUUUGUUUUAUAUUUGCAAUCAAAGGGCGUGGAGCAUUGACUCUUGAGAAGUUGCAUUGCAUUAGAGCCAUAAUCUUAGCCGGGUCGGUGACACUGUUGAACUUUCGCUGUUGCUUUGCGGUGAUCUCGAGAAUUGAUAAAGAGUUAGUUUGGCCUUUGAUGUGGAAUAUUGGUUCUAAAACAAGACAUGCUGAGUUCUGAUGGAGACACAGACGUUUUCUUCGACUCAGAAGAUCAUUUGCCAUCAGAGGAGUCCUUGGUAGCGGAAGAAGAAGUGGAUUUCAGCAAGUUGGGAUAUGAAAUAUGGAUGAGUGAGCCUCAGAGCAUUAAGAAGAGAAGAGAACGGUUUCUCCAAGAAGUUGGUUUGGUUGAAUUUGCAUCUCCAAGGACUUGUGCACAGGAUUUUGAGAUUGAAUCUAGUGGUUCAUCAGGGAGGAUGGAAUUCGAGAGACUUACAGAGUGCAGUGGAGCUGUAUCUAGCUCUGACUAUACACCUAGCUGCAAUGUGGAGGACAACGAUUUGGAAGUAUGCCAAAACGAGACACCGAAUGCGGAAUUCGGUGAGGAGGAGGCAAGUGAAACUCCGUUUUCUGCUUCUGACUCCAGCUUUCAACAGUGCAAAGAUGAAGCUCACGUUGAAAGUUGCCAGAAUGUUGAUGUGGGUAGAAAGAAAAUGAAGACUUGGUGGAAAUUUUUUAUGAACAAGACUGCAAGACGAAGAACAAGUACGGGGUUUUCUGAGAAAUCGAAAUCGAAUCUGGAAAGAUCCAAAAGUUGCAGAAUGAAGGUGUACCAAAACAAAAAGAGGUGCUCAGAAUUUAGUGCACUAUACAUGAGACAGCAAUUUUGUGCACACAAGGGCUUUAUUUGGACAAUGAAGUUUAGUCCAGAUGGGAAGUAUUUGGCGAGCGGAGGAGAAGAUGGAGUCGUACGUGUUUGGCGUGUAACAUAUGCAAACGGCUCUAGAGUGUUUUUAGCCAAUGACAAACCAAGAGAAGGGAAGUCUAGUUUAAGCGGUAAACCGUUGAGAUUUACCACAGUUGUCAUUCCUGAAAAGGUUUUUCAGAUUGAUGAGUCGCCAAUGCAAGAAUUCCAUGGACAUUCAAGUGAUGUCUUGGACAUAGCUUGGUCCAAUUCAAACUGUCUUCUUUCGUCCUCGAAGGAUAAAACCGUUCGCUUGUGGCAAGUCGGUUCUAAUCAAUGUCUUGAUGUUUUCCACCAUAAAAACUAUGUGACUUGUAUCCAAUUCAAUCCAGUGGAUGAAAACUACUUCAUCAGUGGCUCAAUUGAUGGCAAAAUCCGGAUUUGGGGGGUGUCUCAGCAGCGCGUUGUCGAUUGGGCCGAUGCCCGAGAUGUAAUUACUGCUUUAUCGUAUCGACCAGAUGGGAAGGGAUUUGUUGUUGGUUCUAUUACCGGCACCUGUCGAUUCUACGAAGUAUCAGGUGAUUAUCUUCAUCUGGAUGCUCAGAUCAAUGUCCAAGGUAGCAAAAAAGCCUCAGGCAAAAGGAUUACUGGCAUUCAGUUUUGCCGGGAAAACUCUCAAAGAGUGAUGAUAACUUCAGAAGACUCUAAAGUGCGGAUAUUUGAAGGAACUGACAUCGUCAACAAAUACAAAGGUCUACCGAAGUCGGGUAGUCAGAUGUCUGCUUCCUUCACGAAAAGUGGGAAACAUAUAAUAUCCGUCGGAGAGGACUCUCGUGUUUAUAUGUGGAACUACGAUAGCCUUCGCAUCUCGUCGACAAAAGAAACGAAAUCUCAGCAGUCCUGUGAGCAUUUCUGUUCUGAUGGUGUAUCUGUUGCUAUACCAUGGCCUGGCAUUGGAACAGAACCGAAGUGUUUCGGUGACAACCACCCGCAGUUUUCACAAAGACAGGACUACCAAGGGGCUGCUUCGGAGCGUUUUUCCCUUGGUAAUUGGUUCUCUGCCGAUGGUUUAUGCCGGGGAUCUGCAACAUGGCCAGAGGAGAGACUACCUCUCUGGGACUUGCCAGUUGCAGAUGAUGAAAAUUGCAACCUGCAACACCAAGAUCAUCAUCCGAACGGUCAGAGCGACGCACACAGCCACAAAUCUCCACCCGAAACAUGGGGCCUCGUGAUCGUCGCGGCUGGAUUAGAUGGAAAUAUAAAAACAUUCCACAACUAUGGAUUGCCCAUCAGGCUUUAGGAAUUGAAUUGAAGCUCUGCUUUGAAUCAGCUCACUUCCCUGAGCUUCCAAAAGCAGAAGAAAAGAAUUCAGAAAAUGAGAAAACAUGAAAUCAUUUCAUGUGGUUGAUUCUUUCUCGAGUUGUAUCUUCCUACCAGUAGUACUAUAGAGGUGAAGCCUUUCAUUUAUUUAUUGAUUCUAAAUUGUAUGUUUUAGAGGUUUUGGAAACUUGUAAAUCCCAAGAGGCAGGCCACCAUUUCUUUUUGUUUGAGUUUUGUGAAUAUUACUGCCAAUGUAAAUGGAAUACACCUAGCAGAUUUUUUGGUCA